AUGGCAGACCUACAGACCCGCACCGAAGCAACACUCGUGUCAACGUCGGUGGCCGAGCCAGACCUCACACGCACCAUACCCACUUCACAGUCACAACCACAACCACAAUCACCUUCUCCCAGCAUUCCACAGACCAACGGCUUCCUCAGCAAUGGCAUUACCCCUACGCCCACACCAACAUCCACACCCGCCGAGGCCAACAACACUGCAACCCCGCCGUCCACAACCUCUACCUCCUCUGAACCGAAACUCCCUGCAUACGCCGCUGCGAUCUCUGACGCAGCAGAUCUAGAUGAGACACCCCUUUUUUCGCCUCUGUUGAUCAGCGACGAUAUAAAGGCUACGUUGCCUACGGGCUACAGCAUCCGGCCGUUGAGGAGGAGCGAUUACUUUGGAGGCUACCUCCCAACCCUCCGCGUGCUCACGACGGUCGGCGAACCGACCCAAGCGGAGUUCAACGCGCGCUACGAUUUCAUCUCGUCACGGAACGACACAUACUACAUCCUGGUGAUCUGCGACGAGUCAGACACGGUGGUUGGGACCGGGGCCGUCAUCGUCGAGCGCAAGUUCAUCCACAACAUGGGCCUGGUCGGCCACAUCGAGGACAUCGCGGUGGCCAAGAACCAGCAGGGCAAGAAGCUCGGGCUGCGAGUCAUCCAGGCCCUUGAUUCGGUCGCCGAGAAGGUCGGCUGCUAUAAGAGUAUUCUCGACUGCAGUGAGGCCAACGAGGGGUUCUAUGUCAAGUGUGGGUUCAAGCGCGCCGGCCUUGAGAUGGCGCAUUAUUAUGAGGCCGUUGCGAGGAUAUGA